AUGGGGCCUCCGACAACGUUUGCAGACCUCAAGGACUGGCUCUCCCCGGACAGCCAGGCAAACUCCAUCGUCCCGAUCUGGGACGGCCGGCGCCGAGCCUUGGUGAGAGACGCCGCCGUCCAGGCAGCCACCCCGGUGACCGAGGCGACGGGCGAGGCCCCGGAGGUUCACAGCCUCCCGCCGUAUCCCGACGACUCGGAUUGUCGAAUCGCAGCGCUGUCCAAAACUGCGCAGGUGACAGGACCACCCUGCCGCGUCGCUGCCAAGCUGAGAGGUGUGCCAUCAGCGGAUGCCAAGGCAUCGGUGCAGGCAGCAGAGUCGGCUCAUGUGGAGACUGCCCCAGUCGUCGCCCAAGGCUUGGACGGCUUGGAUUCAAGCUGGUGGGGCGAAUGCAUCGGGGACGAGGAGCACUGCAAGAUGCACCCGCACACCACAUGCUUAGUGGAGGCCCUGGGCCUCGCGGAGCCCUACACCGCACUGCGUAAGCGACUCCAGUCUUCUGCAGACUUCGUUGAAGAAUCUUUGCAGCAGCACCGUGCCGACGUUGCCAGUGCGAGGCCGCCUUCGUCCCGCAGCCGGCCCAAGGUCCACAGCCGAGACUUGGCAAAGCUGCGGGGGCUCCUGGCCAAGAUGAGCCACCUGCAGAGAUCGAUGGAUGAUGCGCUGUUGCAGCGGCAAGUGGUGGCAAGUUGGGAAGUUCCCGAUGCCCUGCCACUGCUGGCGCAGGAAGCACCUCGGCGAGGCGGCCCGAAGUUGCGACCGCAGCGGAAGUGGUGGCAGAGCUCUUCCAGUUCUUUGGGGCCCUUCGCGCAAGUAACUUUCCGCAUAUACCCAGCAGGGGAUGGAGAUGCGGUGAAGGGCGACUCGGUCAUCUACUUCUGGGCCGAGCUUGCUCCUCGGCUGAGCUUCGCCUUCAGCGUCCAGGCGGAGACUGCUUCCUUUGAUGUGGGCGGCACCGAGGUGAUUCCCUGCCAGACCUGGUACCGGGAGGUGGCUUGGGCUCGCGCGGAGUUCGGCUGGGCAAUGCUGGCGUCCGAGCUCACCCGGGCGGAGGCGCUCAAUUGCGGUCGGCUUCCCAUUCGGUUGAAGCUGCUGCACUGGCACUCGGCCUCUACACUUGCAGGUUCGCAGCUGGAGCAGAACUACCGGGAUCGCUGA